AUGAUCGCUCAACCUACUAGUACCACAGGAUCGGAAUCAUCCAUUCCAACCUCCAUCACCAACCACCACAUUGACACUUGUUCCGAUCUGAAUACAACAACAACAACACCAACGGAACCAUCCACAGAAACAUCCACUGCAACUACUACUACAACGGAUAAUGCUACCUCCGUUGAUGGAACCUCCAAUAAUGACAACAACAACAACAACAUUAGCCUUGAUGAAUUCUCUCACUUGUCCAAAUCACUCCAGAAUAGACUCGGAGCUCUCAAACUCUUGAAAGAGAAAGGCAAUGAAUUCUACCGUAAAAACAUGUUCCAAGAAGCAGUCGAUGAAUACGACAAGAUUGAUCGUUUUAUGGGAGUUUUAUUCAAGAAGAGUGAGAGCACACCAGAAGAGUUGAAGAUGGCUCUCUCUUUUCAAACAGCUGCUCAAUUGAAUAUGGCUCAAAGUCUCAUGAAGAUGGGUAGAUUCUCCAAAGCAUUGGAUCAUUUGGAAAAAGCUGAGGAAUAUAAUAAGGAAUUGAAGGAUGAAGCCUCAGAAAAGAAGAUCAUGUUCCGAAGAGCUAAAUGUUAUUUGGAUGGAAUUGAAGAAACAAAGGGUAAAGAAUUGAUGCAAGAGGUGAAGGAAAAGUUUUCUGAGGACCAUGCACUUGUGAAAUUGGUCGAUGCAGAAUUGAAAAAGUACAAACAACAAUCCAAGCAAGAAUUUCAAACAACGAAAUUUAAGGGUGUGUUUGCAAAGACUGAAUUGUAUCAGGAUAAACCUGAACCUGUCAUUUCCACAUCGUCAUCAUCAACGACAGAAAGUAAGGAUGAACAAGAUACGAAUAAGCAGAAGAGUGAAGAAGCGUCACAGAAUCACGAAUCCACUUCUUUGUUCGAGCAUAAAAGUGCCAUGAGUUUUUUGGGAGACAAAGAAACCAUGUGGCGAAGUGCAGUCAUUGCCGCUAUUAUUCCUAUUCUCGCAAUGACAUUGAUCAUGUAUGCUCUCUCACAUUAA